UCCUGCGCGCAGGCGGAAGUUUACUGUACUGGCUCAUCCGAUUCUCCAUGCUCAGAGUCUAAUCAAACAAUAAAAGACCAGUGAUAUCAGCAUCCGCCUCCAGCAUACCAUGACUGAACCGAGUCCGGCCCAGAAAAGCUCACAGCCAGGUCAAGAGAUGGCGUCAGUGAAGCUGGAGGACUGCAGUCAAACACUGGAGCUCAAUGUGAUUGUCAAAAAAGAGGAAGAGGAGGAUGAGAGAAGAACCGAGGAAGAGAACGGGGGAGUAGAACAGGAGAGGGAAGACGGUAACGUUGACUCGGUAGAUAUGGAAGAAGAGGAGGACCAGGAAGGAGGAGGUGUGGCCAACCCAGGACUUGUUACUGUUAAAAGAGAAGACGAGGAAGAGGAGGAGAUUGGGGACAGAGAGGAGGAGGAGGAGGACGGAGAGGAGGAGGUUGGGGACAGAGAGGAGGAGGAUGGGGACAGGACCAACCCAGAAACAGGAGAGGGUGCCAGCUCAGACAAAGAGAGACCGUUCCUCUGCUCCCAGUGUGGUAAGCGGUUCACUGCACCAAGCAGCCUGAAGACUCACAUGCAGAGACACAGCGGAGAGAAACCCCACCAGUGCUCCUUCUGUGGGAAGCGCUUCCUACGAUCCACAGACCUGAAGAGACACCAGAUGAUCCACAAAGCAGUCACCUCGGACAGACCGUACCGCUGUUUGGAGUGCGGCAAGACGUUCACCUCGCCCACCAGCCUGAGGAUCCACCUGAAGAUCCACAGCGAAGACAAACCUCACCAGUGUUCCGUCUGCGGGAAGCGUUUCCUGUGGCUGUGUGUUCUGAAGAGACACCAGGUGGUGCACAAAGCAGGAGAGAGCGCCACCUCGGACCCAGACAGCCCAGGGGAUCCCGAACAGGGGCAGAAGCCGUACCUGGACCCUAAAAGACUUCACCUCUGUUCAGAGUGUGGCAAGAGGUUCACCACAGCGCCUUUACUAAAGUCUCACAUGAAGUCUCACAGUGGGGAGAUACACCACCAGUGCUCCGUCUGUGGGAAGUGUUUCCUGCUGUUCCAGGACCUCAAGAGACACCAGGAGAUCCACAAAGGGGGCAACAACUCUGACCCAGACAGCCCAGGGGAAGCAGAUCCGGAGAGACCGUUCCCCUGCUCUGUGUGUGGUAAGAGGUUCACCGCAGCCUUCAGGCUUAAGGCACACAUGAAGAUCCACAGCGGAGAGAAACCCCACCAGUGCUCCGUCUGUGGCAAGGCCUUCCUUCGACCCUACGACCUUAAAAGACACCUGGUGACCCAUAAAGGAGAGGGCACCAGCUCUGACCCUGACAGUCCAGGGGAUCCUGACCAGGAGCUGAAGCCAUAUUUCUGCUCCCAGUGCGGUAAGAGGUUCACUGCAGCCAGCAGCCUGAAGACACACACAAUGACGCACAGUGGAAAGAAACCCCACCAGUGCUCCGUCUGUGGGAAGUGUUUCCUGCGAUACCAGGACCUGAAGAGACACCAGGUGAUCCACAAAGGAGAGGGCGCCAGCACAGAAAAACCCCACCAGUGCUCUGUCUGCGAGGAGAGUUUCUUGAAGCUCGACGACUUGAACAUUCAUGUGACGAUCCACACAGGAGAGAAGACCAAGCACAUCUGCCAACCAUGUGGGAAGACCUUCACUCUGCUGCAGGACCUAAAGACUCACCAGCGCACCCAUACAGGAGAGAAACCGUACCACUGCUCCAAGUGCCCAGAGAGCUUUGGCAACCUGUUGGAGUACAGGGAGCACAAGCAGACACACAAUAACAAGAAACCGUACCUUUGUGACCAAUGCGGCCAGACGUUCACCCACUUCUACACCCUGAAGACCCACCGGUCAAUCCACACAGGGGAGAACCUCCUCCACUGCUCUUACUGUGGGAGGGGCUUCACUCAGAAAACGUCCUUGGCGACCCACAUACUGAUCCACACCAAGGAAAAACCGCACCAGUGCUCUGUGUGUGGCCAACGUUUUGCCAGAAGCGAAAGCCUGAAGAAACACAAGAGGAUACACAUGGCAGAGGUCCGCCAUCACAUGUGCGAGUGCGGGAAGAGUUUCCCUGACAUGAAGCGGUUGGAGGUGCACGCGAGAAUGCACUACAAGAGCCUGGAAAAGAAGUACUGCUGCUCAUACUGCGGGAGAAUGUUCCUACGGGACGGGGAUCUAAAGAGUCACCAGAGAACACACACCGGAGAGAAACCCUUUGUCUGCGCCAUAUGCGGGAAAAGUUUCGCCCAAUCGGGGAACUUGAGAGUGCAUCAGAUCAAGCACACUAAAGAGAGACCGUACCCUUGUACUGUCUGUGAUAAGGGGUUCACCACCUCUGGGAGUCUGAAGGUGCACAUGAGGAGGUUUCAUACAGGGGAGAAGCCGUACGUCUGUAGCCUGUGUGGGAAAGGGUUCAUUGUACCGAAAGCACUAAAGACACACCAACAGAAACAUAUGAAAGAGACUACCGUCUAGUUUGACGGGAGAUAGGAAAAGACUGUCUUUCUGUGAUUCCUCGCUCCACUCUCCUCUCAACUGUAAUAGAAGAGAAGUUCCGAGGUCCCUCCUCUCUGACUUUAUUCUCCAUUUUGAGGAGGAGACGAAGAGAAAGAGGAAUCGGGGAAUGAUGAAUUGAGAAAUAGUCGAGGCCUGCUGGUGGUUUUACCUGCUGCUCCCAUUGAGGACAUGUUUUUUUUCAAAAUAAAAGUCCCCCCCCCCUACAUGCAUCCAUGUAAUUGUACUCUAAAUGUUCCAUUAGACAUCACUCACCAUGAUAGAACAGCUAGUGGUUAGUUUAGUGAUACUCUACAGAAACUCUGAGGUUGUAUUACCAAACUAACCACUAGCUAUUCAGUCUGUGAGAUACAACCUCAAUACAGUUUAUGUAGAGUAUCUUAAUGUCAGAUAUGAAUUGACAGGAUGAUAUGAUUAUGUAUGGCAUGAUAUGACACACUAUGCAUUAUGACAAUAAUACAUUUAAACCUGACAUGAUGUCUCUACUCACCAUGACUGGUACCUAUUGACAUGAUGUCUCUACUCACCAUGACUGGUACCUAUUGACAUGAGGUCUCUACUCACCAUGACUGGUACCUAUUGACAUGAGGUCUCUACUCACCAUGACUGGUACCUAUUGACAUGAGGUCUCUACUCACCAUGACU